CAAAGCGGCUAUUUUUAAUUUGCGUUAAUUUUGCAGGCAAAGUCGAGCAACAGAAGGAGGCCUUGGCAUUUUCUGUAGAAUCCCAAGAUGGCGGCCAACGGCACGAUGGGAACUGAAUCGGAAAACAUGGAACAGCGCAUCCACCAGGUCAACAAUGAGGCUUUGGAGAGCACCAGGAGGAUGUUGCAGCUGGUAGACGAGAGCAAAGAUGCUGGGAUUCGAACUUUGGUUAUGCUGGACGAUCAGGGAGAACAGCUAGACCGAAUUGAGGACGGCUUAGACCAGAUUAUCCAAGACAUGAAGGAGGCAGAGAAGAACCUCACGGACAUGGCCAAAUGCUGUGGCCUCUUUGUUUGCCCUUGUGCCAAGUUAAAGAACAUAAAAGACAUGGAGGCCAACAGGGCAGCAUCCAGCAACACCCAGGACAAAGUGGUCUCUCGGCAACCCUGCAUGGUGGCUGAUGGGAAUCAGAUGAUCAUGAGUGGGCCCUUCAUCCAGAGGAUAACGAAAGACGACGUGGAGGAAGAGAUGGAGCAGAACUUGACCCAGGUGGACAGCAUGCUUAGCAACCUGCGCAGCAUGGCCAUGGAUAUGAGCAACGAAAUCGACGUUCAGAGCAAGCAGGUGGACAGCAUUAGGGAAAAGGCCAUUGCCAAUGUGAUUAGCAUCAACGCAGCCAACAACCAAACUACCAAGAUGCUGAAAAAAGUCUGAACCGCCUGCCAGCCACCUUUUACUCCCCCACCCCAUCUCUCAAAGAAACAGCUUCUUCCACCUGAAUUUGGAUUGAUUUGUAUCAAGGUGAUUUCAAAUCAAGCUUCCCAUUUUGAAGUCCACUUCCUUAACAAGUGUGCAUGCUAACUGGAGAGUAAUGCUAGAAUCUGAAUGCUAAAACAACUAAAUCACAGUGGUUUGCAGCUCAAUAGAGCCUUUAUACAAACAAGGAACAUAAUCCUCCAGUCCUGCAUCCCAUUUUAUAUGCAGAAUUAUGAUAUCUGUCUGCACAAGAGACUGUUUUCUGUUGGGAUCACUCUGUAGAUGCGCAAGGAUACUAAGCAAGAUCACUUACUUGAAGGCUAAGGCUGCAGUCCUAUUUGAAAGUCCCUUUGAACAGAGUGAGAGUUACUUCCUGCUAAACACACACAGGAUUGGGCUGUUCAUGUGCAUAAUUUUCCAUAAGCAAGGAUUGGCACUUACUGGGCAAAAUGGUGUCUCUCCAUAGAUGGGAAGUAAAUGUCUGUGCUGCUUAGUUAGUAGAUUGAUAACUAUUCAUAAUUGAGAACUGAACAACACAUGACAGAGUUUGGGUUUGUUGGACAGUGUGAAAGAGAAGUACAAGGUCUCCUGAGCAGGCUCAGUGGCUGAUCUUGAUGAGAUCUUCUUAGUCCCAGCACCUACGAUGAGCCCAGGACAAAGUCCAAAAUAAUAAAUUCAAUUCAUUACUUAUUAUGGGAAGCACUGUUAUGGGGAAGAGUCAUAGCUCAGUGGUAGAGAAACUGCUUUGCAUGUAGGGUGUGACUUCUGUCUGAAAUCCUGGACAGCCACUGCCAGUCAGUGUAGACAGUACUGAGCUAGAUAGACCAACGGCCUGGCUCAAUAUAAGGUAGAUUCCGAUGUUCCUGUUAUAUAAUGCUUAACCACAAAGUCACAUAUUUCUCCUGUUUACGUUUUAUUUUUUUUUAAAUACCGAUAAGUAAAUAAAGUAAAACCAACCUUUAACUCUAACUGUAGGAUAAAUGUUCAUGCUGCUCAGUUUUAUGAGUUAUUUGUAUUAAAUUCUCUUUCAUUUUAA